UUUAUAAAUUAAAAAGGAGUCGCUGGUUGCCCGCUACACUGGAUUUGGUUGAGCCGAAGGAUUAUUUAAAAAAAAAAAUAAAGAAUAAUAAAAAGUAUAGGGAGUUUAAAUAUGAAAAUUUUCUCUAUUAAAUUUGCCAUUCCUGUGGUCCACAAAUCAUAGAAUUGUCUGUUGCUCUACCAACGUCGCCAUGGCAGCAGAGCUCUCCGACUUGCCUUACUACUUCGCCGGCCUUCUCCUCCUCUCCCUCUUCCUCCGCCGCCUCCUCUCCCUCGUCGGAAACAAGAAGUUUCUUCUUCCCCCGACUGUGCCUGGCGGCCUCCCUUUCCUGGGUCACCUCCACCUCUGCAAGAAGCCGAUGCACCUCUCCCUCGCCAAACUCGCCGCCCUUCACGGCCCCGUUCUCCUCCUCCGCUUUGGCUCUCGCCCCGCCCUCCUCGUCUCAUCUUCCGUAGCUGCUGAUGAGUGUUUGACCACCAACGACCUCAUCUUCGCCAACCGCCCCAAACUCCCCUCUGGCAAGUACCUAAGCUACCAUAACUCCACCCUCGGAUCCUCCAGCUACGGACCCCACUGGCGCAACCUCCGCCGCCUCGCCACCCUCGAGCUCCUCUCCACCCACCGUCUGCGCACCUCCUUGACCGCUCGCGCUGACGAGGCCCGUGCCAUGGCUCGGCACCUCUUCCAGGCCUGCGCCGAAGUCGACAAGGCUUCCAAGGUGGAGCUCCGGCCGAUUCUGUUCCAGUUCUCGAUGAACCUUGUGAUGAGGCAGAUAGCAGGGAAGAGAUACUACGGCGAGGACAAAGCCGGCACUGUGUCAGCGGAGGCGAAGAGGUUCCAGGCCGUGGUGGAGGAGAGGUUAGCUUUGGGCGGCGCCUCCAACAUCGGCGACUUCGUGCCUCUGCUCCGGUGGUUGGAUUUGAAAGGAAUGAAGAGAAGAAUGAUGAGAUUCCAUACAAAUCGAGAUGAGUUGUUGCAGGAACUCGUUGACGAGGUCAGGAACAAGAACAGCAACGAAAACCCCGAAGAGAUGAACAGAACAAUGAUCGGUUAUCUUCUCUCCUCGCAGAAAACAGAUCCCGAACAUUAUUCCGAUCAAAUCAUCAAAGCACUCGUCACCAGUUUGCUCUCAGCCGGAACGGACUCCACUUCCGACACGAUCGAAUGGGCGAUCUCCCUCCUCCUCAAUCACCCCAACGCGAUGAAGAAAACGAGAGACGAGAUCGAUGCGUACCUGGAAGGGACCGAGAAGGGGAAGAACCGACUUCUGGAGGAAUCGGAUCUGCCGAACCUGCCCUACCUCAACUGCGUCGUCUCCGAAACGCUGCGGAUGUACCCCGCGGGGCCUCUGCUGAUGCCGCACGAAUCCUCAGGCGAGUGCUUCGUGGCCGGGUUCCGCGUGCCUCCGGGGACGAUGCUGCUGGUGAAUGUUUAUUCGAUCCAUAGAGAUCCGAGCAUCUGGGAGGCGCCGGAGGAGUUCGCGCCGGAGAGGUUCGAGGAGGGGAAGGCGGAGGGGAAGUGGAUGAUGCCGUUUGGAAUGGGGAGGAGGAAGUGCCCCGGGGAAGGGUUGGCGAUGAAGGUGGUGGGGUUGGUGCUGGGGAUCUUGAUCCAGGGCUUCGAGUGGGACAGGGUGGGCGGCGAGAAGGUGGACAUGAGGGAAGGCUCCGCCCUGACGCUGCCCAAAGCGGUUCCACUUCAGGCAAUGUGUCGCCCGCGUCCGUCCAUGAUUGGCCCUCUCUCCCAGCUUUAAUUGGAAUAUAUGUGUCUUCCCUAAGUUAUCAAAAUUGGGUGGGGCCAUGUUGGCCGCACCAAAUAAAGCUAGACUCGCUCUCUGAUCGGGUUGGAAUUUGGGUAAGUUUGGAAAAGUAUGUCUAAUAAAGCUAGAGUCUAAUGUUUUUAUUGAAUUUAAUUAAUUAAAAAUUAAGUUUUCCAAGUGUCUCAA